CAAUCAUACUGCCACUUCUUGAAUUCAGUCAUACUGCUAGAAACUUGAGGAUGAUUUGAAGCUUCACUUGGAUCACCAAUUGCAUUGAAAUCCCCUAAAACUGCCCAUGGAAGAGAGUCCACCUGAUACUUAGCCAAAUCAGAAUAUAGACAUCUUCUAUCAGCCUCCUCAUUAGAUGCAUAAAUGACAGAAAAAGAAAGGAACCCCAGACCCAACCAUAACAUGGAUAAGUUGAUCUGUUGUAUGUAAAACCUGUAGUUUAAUGUCUUCUUUCCACAAGAGCCACAACUUUCCCAGCCCAGCAGCAUUAUUAGAAACCUUAGACUUCCAACCAAAAAACCUUCUAUUAAUCAGCUCAUCAGCUUUAUUACUUCUAACUCUAGGCUCUAGUAUAACUAUAAUAUCUAUAUUAUGUGUAUUUAUCAGCUGCUGUACAACCUUAUUCUUAUCCGGGUCAUUAAAUCCCCGGAUAUUCCAUGUGAGUAUCUUCAUUUCUUCUUUCCAAUUCUUCCCCCUUUCCGAGGAAGAACAGGCUCAAUCACUUUAGGAGGAGUAGCUUUCUUCUUAGAACCAACAAUUAUCCAAGGAUUAGUCUCUUUGACAAACACUGGAGUCUGAGUAGCUAGCUUCCCUGAAACAGGUGACCUAGCUACAACAGGCUGUUGCAGUAGGGCACUAGGACUCCCAGUAUCAACUGAUGAUCCCAUUACCACAUCCACAAACCGAGCAUUUGCAUUCCCAGUUGGAGAAGGAAUAGAGACAUCUUUAACACCCCCACUGGUACCCACAGGUUCUGUUGUCUGUGUUGUGGCACUCAGCACAGCAUCAACCACAGAUUGAACUAGAUUCCCUGCAGCUUCAACCCCAGCUUUCAGCUCAGACCCAACCACAGACAGCACCCCAGAAUCAGCAGUAGCCUCCCCUGAUCCUACCCCAAAAAUAGAUAGAGAUAUUAAUGUAUAGGAUUUAAAUUAAAAAAAAAAUUGUAUUUAAUAUGGGUUUUUAAUUCCCAAUAUAAUUAAUACAAAAGAGGUAAUUAAUAUAUUACUUUUUCAUACCCAAAAUACCCUUGGUUGUGAAUCUGAUUGUCACCGUAUCCUGUCCAUGGGCCGGCCCAAGAGUUUGGAUCCAAGAUUGGGCCUCAAACAACCGCGAAACUGCGUCCCGUUCCCCGAUAUGGCGAUAUCCCUCUCAGCCUCAGAAGAACAAAACCUAACAAGUCGCCGCCGCCCGUCAGUUCUCCCGCCACCGAUCAGCAUCUCCUCCUCCUCUGCCAAACUCUCUUCCUCUCGGCCUCACCAUUCCCCCAUCGCUCAGCCGCCCGCCGGAACUUGGUAUUUCGCGCCCCCGCAACUUAACUCCUGUCACUGCACGAAAUACGCUUUCUUGCGGUCGCAAACUGAGGUAGGUAGUAAGCCCUUCUCCUCCUCCCAUUCAGUUUUUCCCCCCCGGCGUCCAGACGAUUGGCUGAAUUGUAACGGACACCAGAAUGCCUGAUGGAUUCCUGAGAAUUGUAAUCAAUUGACAGCGAAAGCUUGUACGGCCGAGCAAAACCCUAAACCCUAGCUCAUGUAGGUACUCUUAGGAUCGAGAAUUGUCAGUGCGCUAUAGUCUUUGAUCUCAUUGGUAUGAAUUUUCAAUACGCAGAGACGAGUAAGAGGGAAGAAGUGAGACAAAAAAAUAAAUAAAAAAUGGUGGUCAGGCUCCGGUUGUCCAGGUUUGGCUGCAAGAACAAGCCAUUCUAUCGAGUGAUGGCUGCUGAUAGCAGAUCCCCUCGAGACGGCAAACAUCUUGAAGUACUCGGCUACUACAAUCCCUUGCCAGGUCAAGAUGGUGGCAAAAGAAUGGGUCUUAAUUUCGAGCGAGUAAAGUAUUGGUUGUCAGUUGGUGCGCAAGCUUCUGACCCCGUCCAGCGGAUCCUGUUCAGAGCAGGGGUCCUCCCUCCGCCACCAAUGCUGGCCAUGGGCCGCAAAGGUGGGCCACGUGACACCCGUCCAGUCGAUCCCCUUACCGGACGAGUACUGACCACUGAGAAGCCGCCAACAGCAACCCAAUCAACAUCCGACAAUGCAGCUGGAUCUUCAACUUCAUGAUCUCUCCUUUCACGGAGAAUGGAAGCCACCAUUUUCUAAGUCUGUGUUUCUCGGAUCAUCCACUGUGAGAAAGCUGACUUCCUAGAAGCAUGCAGUAGCGGGCAAUGGCUCUUCCAGAGCGAUGUGAGAUUUGGAUUAUCAGCCCUUCGAUGCCUAUUACCAUCGACACUUCACAAAAAUCACAUUGUUUUUCGGGAAGUCGACAUUAGUUCGGUUGAUGAUGCUUUUGUCGAUGUCUCAAAGGGACUGAUAACUAGUUGAUGCUUUAUGAAAUAAUAGAAGGAUGCUAUUAUUGCUACUACUUGCCCAGAUGGCCAUACAUUUUCACGGUACUUUGUUCUUGCGACAACCAAGUAAACCAUAGUUUGCUACUAAUAAUUUCACCUACUGAGAACCAAGCUUUUCACCUGGAUUGUAGUUGCAUCUAGGGGUGGAAAUCGGUACGGUAUCGGUAUCCCAAUACCAAAUAGCGAAAUUCCGAAUAUCGAAUUACCUCCUAAAGUCAAUCACAAUCCCAAUCCCUAAAUAAUUUGGGUAUCCCAAUCUCAAUCCCUAAAUAUUCCGGUAUCCCAAUCGGUAUUAUCGAAUACAAAAUUAAUUACCUUUGCAAUUAAUAAUUAAGUAUAUAAAUGAGAUUUUAUUGUUUAAUUUAGGGAGAAAAGACUAAGCAAAAAGUCUUGAAUUAGGAUAUUAUUAAGGAGAAUGGAGGAGAGGAGACAUCUCAAGUUCUUGUCAUUGGUGAUCAUUAAUUUUACGAGUUGGAGGUAGAGAGACGACUAUUAAUAGUGAUGAAAUGAUCUAUGUAUAAUUAAAUGACACUAUUGGUGGUUGAGGGUCGUGUAGUAGUGAAUGAG